CUCUAACUGUCCAUCCCGCUCAGUAAUGACCGCGCAUGCGCCUAAUUUUGUACACAAACGCUGACGUUUGCACAGUCGGGAAAGCCAAAAUGUCUGCCGGCGUCGUGGACCUCCAGGCGCAGGUGGAGUCGGUGCUCGGAGCGCUGGUAAAAGCUGCCACGGUGGAGUUAACGAAACUGUUCGAGAGCAGAUAUCGAGCCUCGGCGCUAGAUGUGGUAGAUGUGGGCCUCACUGAGGACCAAAAGCAGAAUGAAACACUGGACGUUUUAUCGACUGGGGACUCAACACGCAGCAUCGGAGUGCAAGUGGACGAGGACAUUUAUCCGCCGCGCGAUUUUCCUGGCCCUACUCUGCUCUCAGAUGUAGAUUGUUUGAGGGAGAGCAGAGAGGUGGAGGUGGGGGGAUGUCUCAUUCCAUCAGAAAUCCCCCUGCCUGAAGAUAAUGGCCAAGUUGACCCUGAGUCCCCAGGAGACCCUGAGUCGCCUCUGAAGGAACAGGACGUGGUAGAGACUGUAGAUAUGGUGGAGUCGAGCGGGUUUGAAUCAGAGUCUCCAACUGAUAGUGAUCCUCCCACAGAAGUUGUUUUGCAUGUCUCUGCGGAAACAUGGACAGAAAGAUUAAGAAACGGGUCUACACAAAGCUCUCCGGCUAAACAGAAGCCUCUCGUGAUCCAACCAGAUACACGUAAUAUCAUUUCUGGGGAGACGGUGAAGUUUGUCUGCCCGUUGAUCCUCAAGCCAGAGUCUCCAGCUCCCAAACCUGACAGUUCAGAGAAGCCUAUCCACACAGAGCCUCAGCAAGUCUCUGUCAGCACCGCCAAGGGCACCGCCUACAGUCCGUCCCCUUCUGAUGGAGCGGUGACUCCUACUCAGGUUGGGGUUUGGGAACGUAUCCACACACCAAAGGAGACUAAGAACAACCUCCACAUGAAACUGAAGCUGUUCCCUCCAGACCAAAAGCUGAAGCGUGCCUGUGCGGUGCAACUGGUGGAUGUGCUAACAUCAGAGAGGAAGCUUCAGGAUGCUGUUGCCAAAUGUCAUGUUGCUAACGUCGACACUGGUUGGGCUCUGCCCAAAGACCUCCGCCGCCACCAAGGUCUUCACACCGGCCACCGUAUCUGCUGCUUCACCCCCUGCGAAAACGGCGUUUGGAGGCUUCAGAAGGUGGUCGCCCACUCCCGUGACGGAUACCCUUGCGGUAUCUGUGGAAAGACGUUCAAGCGGAGGAAGAUUCUCCGGCGGCACGACCGCUUUCACAGUGGAGAAAAACCCUACGCAUGCUCAAAGUGCUCCAAGUCGUUUGCACUGAGGAAGAGUCUCCGGCGCCACUUGAGGUUCCACACGGGGCAGAAGCCGCACACCUGCACGCAGUGCGGUAAAAGUUUCCGUCUGCGAGAGAAUCUGAAAGCACACCUGAGGUUUCACACUGGGGAGAAGCCUUUCGACUGCGCCAUCUGUGGCAAGACGUUCAGGAUCAUUAAGAAUCUGGAGAAACACAAACUGAGCCCGUGUGGAUUCUUUGUACCUUCAUUCAGGACGAUUGCUGGCUUGUAGAAGCAGCUGUCAGCGGCUGGUUGUGGUGGCACCACUUUCUACCUCAGACUGAAAACACUAUCGCUUUUUAUAAGAUAUAAUGUCCAGAUAAAAGAAGUUAACGCUAUGUGAGAAACGGAUACCAUGAUCCAGAUUGAAUACAAAAAGUUUUUUUGAGUACCAAUAAGAAGGGGUGCAGAGUGAUGGGGCCAUUUUUAAAACUUUUACUACUGAUGGUUUCUCUUACAGAAUUUUCUUUUGUUUCUUGUACCGUGCCAUGUUUUUGCCUCUGUGUUUGUGGACCAAUAGUGGGACUGGAACAGUGGCUACGUGGCACUUUUUUGCAUAGAGAGUGUCCCACGUGGUACCUUAUUUAGAAAGGAAAUGUGCAUUGUAAACAAACGAGACAAAACAUUUUUUGAUUAUGUCUGAAUUUCGUUCCCCUGUACGAAACACACAGUCAUGGUAGCUUCAGUGGGAGAGAACGUGGGUGUCAUUUAUGUGACCUUUGGGUGUAUAGUCUUUCUAAUUAUGUAUUUUUUUUAUACUUCAACAGUUUCAUAAUGACCUGCAACUUGACUUGCAAAAUUAUCUUCAAAAUUGACAAACGUGUAAUUCAUGGCACAAUUCAUAAGGGAUCAGAAAAUGAUUUGUCUCGCUGUUGACCAUCGCACAUAUUUUUUUUCUAGCUUCUGAGAAACACAAUCAGUCUUCAAAGAAUUCCCUACACCUCCCAUAUUAAGUAGGAAUACUGCCAAUGUGCUGAAGUACUCUGCUUCUCCUUGGAGAUUGGUGUGUAUUGUUAAUGAAUUGCAACACAUCAGUAUAAUGUUUGGUUAGGAAAUACACAUCCUCACACACCUUUCUGUGUCAUGGUUGUAUAUAAAGCUCAUCCACUGGUGUUUGUUUUUGAUGUCUAUAAUCUUUUGAUGUUAUGUUUUUCUUUCUUUUUUUACUUUACACUCAUGUCUCUUAUCAAAAAGUGUUUGGUUUUGUAUUUGUGGAAUGAUACUGAGUGUAUGUGGACUUCUUUCCUUUCAUGACCUAGGUGUAAAAGACUGUCCAUGCUGACUUCUAGUUUUUAGUUUUUACAAUAACACUAUGAUAUGUCUACAUAUGGCCAAACAAAUGUUAUCACAUGUUCUUUUUUUAAAUAGAGUUUUUAAAAGUUUUUAUAUUCCUUAAUACAUGUCUGUUUUUAUCUUUUUAACUUCUGGUGCUCGAUUUUUGUGUAUAAAAGUAAAUAAAUAAUAAUUUUUAUUUUGUUUCUC